AUGAUGCUGAAUAAUCGACGCAAUUUUGUCUUUAGAGUGAGUAUCGUGAUUAACAUCGCCGUACUAUUGUACGCUGCGAUGCAUUUAUCUAGUAGCAGUACCCCAGGUGUUGAAUGGAUGCCAAUGACGGUAGAGGGAUCUGAGAGAAGUGCAGAAUUCCGGUAUAUUAAUAGAGAGGAGAGCCGAAAUGAAACGGACACGAGACCGCCGGAUUCCAGUGUAAGAAACUUUGAGGAGUCGACAUCACAGAAGACUCCCUCUACCAUGCCCACUACGAACAAAACAACUUCCAGUACCGCGUCGGUGCCAGAAUUAGAAAAGAAAAUAAACAGUGUUCUGCCCGAACCCGACUCAUCAAAUGGUACGGCUUUGGAAAUAGACGAUGAGGACGCCCUAGCUCCAGCAACACUCUCAUAUCUUCGAACAUUAUUGAAUUGUAAUGAUAGAGAUAUGCUGCCGCAGACAUUGCAACGCGGAGAUUAUUGGGUUUUGAAGAAUUUCGUUCGUGCGGAUCACGGUUUCAUCAUGUGCCAUGAAUCUAUAACCUACACAACACACGCUGGUUUCGAGUUUCUAGAUAACGUCCAGCCUCUAGUUGAAAGAUGGAUGGCCCCAGUGAGUCUUGCGAUUCACGCGCCGGGUACCGAUAUGGCCCCCACUGUGAAUAGCAUCAGAUACCUGAGGGAUUGUCUCGGGAACGAGCUCAUCAAACAGUUCGUCACCUUCCACGUGUUCUUUUCACAUAAAAACGUUCCCACUAGUAUACCAAACCCGGAAACGUUCCUCCAGAUCCCGUACAAUUGCUCAGGCAAGCCGCCAUAUAAUGUGAAUGCUAGCUCAACUUAUAUGAAAGCGAAGAAUCUUUUGUAUCCAGUGAACGUGGCUCGCAACAUCGCCAGGGAGGCUGCUGUCACACAUUAUAUAUUGCCAUCAGAUAUAGAGCUGUAUCCUAGUCCUAAUUUAGUACCUAGGUUCCUAAAUAUGAUAGCUAGAAACGCUAAACCGCUAAGCACCUCCACUAAACCCAGAGUAUUUCCGAUAAGCAUAUUUGAAGUCGGUGAAAAGGUUCAAGUGCCAUCGACAAAGACGGAGCUUCGGGCUAUGUUAGCUAACAAGACGGCUAUCCCGUUCCAUAAAUUCGUCUGUCCCAAUUGUCACAACAUACCCGAGGGUCAGAAAUGGAUGAACACACCAGAAACUAAUCGUAUGGACGUUUUUCAUGUUGGCAAGCGACGUGGUAAAUUCGUUCAUUGGGAGCCUAUUUUCAUCGGAACCCACCAGGACCCUUAUUAUGAUGAGCGGCUCAGCUGGGAAGGGAAGAAGGAUAAGAUGACACAAGGAUAUAUCCUCUGCGUCAAGGACUAUGACUUCAUGAUAUUGAAUAACGCAUUCCUCAUCCACAAACCUGGUAUCAAACACUAUGUAAAGAAUCCCAAGAGAGACGCCAUCGCUGGCCGACAGUCGUUGCUUAUCAAAAGUAUUAUCAUGCCGCAAUUAAAAGCUCUCUUUGGGGCGAGGAGCGGGUGUGCUCUGUGA